AUGGAAAGUAACAGCUCUAGUUGGAACAGUGAAGAGCGUGCGUUUGCCUUUAGACAAACUGCAAGUGCGACAAGACGAAGAGCUGGAGUCCCUUGGCCCAUUAGAUCACCUGAGAACAUUGAGGCAGUGAGAGCUUCAAUAUUGCGAUCACCACGGCGUUCUGCGCGCAAACAUGCGUCUGCCCUUGGAUUUUCCGAUCGUUCUGUGAGGAGAAUUCUUCAUGAUGAUUCCAACAAGACGGAGCUGUGGUGGCACAAGCUCCAAUGGGAUGACCCACUGACAUCCCAGCUCUCAACUCGGUGGCUCAUCCGCAGAGAAGAACUCAUAGGCUUGGCCAAGCUUUCGAUACCUAGAUGGUUCAACACUUGGAGCACCUCUUCUGUGGAACUGCAAGGCUUCUCUGACGCUUCUCAAUUAACAAUGACUGCAAUCGUAUACAUCUCCGUUCACGACUCAAACGGCGCCACGAUUUCACUUGUGUGCUCCAAAACUAAGGUAGCACCUCUCAAGCGGCUCUCAAUCCCGCGACUUGAACUCACGGCUGCUCUACUGCUCUCUCGACUCAUGCAAUACGUCAAAGCCACUUUGAACAUGGACGAUUUUGUCAGAGACAGGGUGGCUCAAACUGAAGAACUCACUCCAGCUGCUCACUGGAGAUACAUACAUGGAACUUCCAAUCCGGCUGAUUGCGCAUCACGAGGCCUCACGACUGCUCAACUUCAAAACCACUCACUUUGGUGGACGGGACCACCAUGGAUACUCAAACCAGACUCAUGGCCGUCGCAACCAGCACUCUCUGAAGAGUUGAAUGCAACCGAAGCUCGCCCAGACGUUUCGCUAUUGACGGUUACGCCAAGGACUGAUUAUCAAUGGGAACUCACCUACAGGUACUCAAGCCUCACUAAACUAUUGAGGAUUACAGCUCUCUGUUUCAGAUUCGUCUCACGGUUGAGGAAGGUCCACGACUCAUUGCCUGUCAGACACAUCUCUCCAGAGACCUUAGAGAAAGCGAGGGUCUUCUGGAUUCAGGCAACUCAAGCAACGUACUUCUCUCAUGAGCUCAAGGCGCUACAAGCAGACUCACCGUUGGCAAAGGCACACGCAUUCAACCGAUUAACUGCGUACAUCGACGCUCAAGGCAUCAUACGCGUCGGCGGACGACUCGCUCACGCAGCCUCUCACUUGAUGCGAAACACCCAGCAUCAUUGCCUCGUCACUCUCAGUUAUCAUCAUCGCUCACGCUCAUCAACGGACUCUGCAUGGAGGCACGCAGCUUACGACUCGCAGAAGGGCCACCGGGCCCAUGUGCCAACCCCACCUCCUCGUGGU